CGUGCUGAUCGUGUGUGUUGAUGAGUGACACGCGCAGUGGUGCCCCGGUUCCCCUGCGUUGUUUCUUUCGCCAAAAUGGGCGAUGUCUUUUGCCUCGUCAUAUUACAAAACGGCAACCGGCGAAAGCUGAAGCUGGCGAUGGGAACCUACGCCGAGUUCCUGGAGAAACUGACGGCAAUCGUGGAUGUCGAUCUCGAAGACACGCUGAUCCAGAUGUUUGACACGGACCUGGACGACUUUGUGGACCUUGUACCUGGAGACGAAAUUCCAAACAAAGCAAAGCUACGUGUCGUCUCAAGGAGUGCUUCAAUUCUGUGCAAUGCAGCAAUGGCUACUUGUGGUCAGAAUGCCGAACCCACGUCUCCACAAAAUCUUUGUGCAAUCCAGCCAGCUUCAGUCGAUGAACAAGGGGAAGUUUUGUUGCAAGCAAGUGACAUUGGAAUUCAAGAGGCCGGCAGUGAUGCAAUGGAGACGUCUCAAGCUGUGCUGAUCGUGACGCGAAUGGAAGAUGCACCUUGUGCAGUUCUCUCCUACAGGCAAGUGGGCAGCAGUGACGAGAUGCAAGUUGAUGACACUGCCAUCAGUCACACGUCAAUGCACAACAGCGAUGACUCUCUCAAGUUCGUGCUGCCUCCAUCCUUCGGCGUCUGGUGCGACACAUUUUUGCAAAGCAAGCGGCCAGUCACUGCAAAAGUCAAGACGCACAUGGUCUCUGUUCUCUUCAAGGCUUGCUACAGGGUGACUCCAUAUCCAACACCAAGGCUGUACAACAAAGUACUUGACUCACUGGUGGCGAAGUACCCACACGUGAUGGAAGGAAAGUUCAACAGGCGCCGCUGGUUGGUUGCCCUGAGGAGCAUGUUCAAAAGUGAACGCGAGAACCUCACAGCGGCUUCGGCGGCUGCGGUCGAAGCGCAGGAAACGUGUGGGCUCAACCUGUCGCAGGCCGACGCUGACGACGAGUGCACCUACGCUCACGGACAGCAUGUGAAGACAGCAUCGAGUUCUGAGGCCGAUAUAGCUGGCGAUUCAGAAGCCAGGCCUUUGGACCCCAUGGUGUCAGACCCUACGGAGUCUCUGGAGAUGAGCGAACACUCCGAGGACGACGAGCAAUUGAUGGAUUGUCCGGACUAUUCGGACGCCAUGCCAGAGAACGUCACAGUGUCCAGCCUGCUCAGAAUGUGCACUGAUGAAAAAGCAUCGGAGGCACUGAUGGCACAGCAAGAGAGUCGGGCUUCUCUGGACGAAAGUGAAAGCUGCGAUGAAUCAACAGAGGAAGUCAGGCGAUCCAAAAGUGAACGAAUCAAAAAAGUCGGGGGCAGCGUGUUUCAGAAAAAGGCACACGUGUCAAAUGGCAAGGAAAAAAUAUUAAAGAUUGUUUUGAAGGACUGUAUGAAGCUGGAAGAAGAAACUUCUGGAGGAAAUGUGAAUGAGCUCCCCCUUAACGACAGAGUUGUAGUUGGCACUGAAGUGGUUCCAGCAGCUUCACCAACCCCUGCUCGUCCAGGCACUUUACAGGGGCGCAGUAGUUCAACAGAUUCCUCUGAAAGUGGAAAACAAUAUGAGAGUUUUUCGUUUGACUUUGAAAGCUUGCCAGAGUAUAUUCGAAAGGCGCUUAAAGCCCAAAGACCACUUCCCUCCGUAGAAAGAAGGGCUCUGGUACGAUGUGUAGUUGAACAACUGACAAAAGUGUGCCCCACACCAGGACGGGAUUUUAUUCGAGAGGCAGCCAGGACGGUCGUACAGGCCUUUCCUGACGCCCUUGAGGACCGUGGCCUAGAUGGUGAACUGCGUGGGAAAGGAUACAACUCUUUUUUUCAACAACUAAACUUCCGGGCUGACAACACCGCUGGAAGGCGAACCGUCUCGCCAGGCACUUCACAAGGGCAACGUAUUCAAUGUAUUCAUCCGAAAGUGAAAGACAAUAUGGGAGUUUUUCGUUUGACCUUGAAUACUUGUCAGAUCAUGUUCGAAAGGCUCUUAAAGCCAAGAGACCGCUUCCUAUCAGAGAAAGAAGGGAAUUGGUGCGAUGUGUAGUGGAACAACUGACAACAGUGUGCUCCAGGCCUAGACGGGACUUGCUUCGAGAGGCAGCCAUCACGAUCGUACAGGACUUUCCCGACGCCCUUGAGGACCGCGGCCUAGACGGUGAACUGCUUGGGAGAGGAUACGACUCUUUUUUUCAACAACUAGAAAGCCGUGUUGAAAACACCUGUCGGGGAAAAGUAAAAGGAAUUGCCGCGCCAGAUGCGCAGUGCGGCAUCAGGAAGUCAGUCAAGAAUUCAUACGGCUGUGUUAACUGGCAGCCUGUGAGGAACUCGGAGCCACCGGAGGACAUUGAUGACAAGGUUCAGUUUUUAAAACGAGAGGGUAAGAAAAGCCUGGAAGAGAUUGACGUGCCACUUUGUAAUGACUACAUGGAGGAAACGUAUCCGGAACAGAGGAGUUUCAUAAAUACGGAUCCUGCUCCCUGCAUUUCCAAGUUGAAGGAAGAAUGGCCAAUGCUUUUUCACAGGCCGUUCUUCUAUAAGCACGGGAACAAGCUGCUUGCCAAGAAUAUAAAGGCAAUAUUUGAUAAAAAAGUGUCCACAUACGCACCGCCACUCGUUCAGCACUUGGAGUCGGUCCCAAAGAAAGAGGUCAUGUAUACGCUGAUGAUCAUGCAAGAGGCGACAAAAAGAGGCAACACGAAAGCAGAGGAAGAAGCUAUGCUGCCCCUUCUGUGCUCAUAUUUCAGGGAAGAUGAAAGGCAUCUCUUCCGGGUCUUGGAGGAAGGAACGAACAUCACAGAAAUACUCCAUGAGCUGCCAUGCACCCCUACUAUCGUUGCACUUGGAAGCAUUUUCCACAAGGAAUGUUUCGUGACCUGCGAACAGCAGAUCCUUUUCACAGAUCCAGUAGACUUUUCGGAGGCAGCCUGCCUUUUACUUCUGAGCUACUUUGUUUUCAACUUAGCCUAUGCAGAUGCUGUUGCCACAACUCUGGAAUUUCUUCAGAGGGAGAUGUUCACCAUCAACCCACUUAGAGGCAGCAAAUGUGGGAACGGACGAAAGUCUAGGACAGCAGUGAGCGGUAAGAUAAUGAGACUGGUGCAGCACCUGCGGUGAAGGACUGAAGUUGUGAGCCAGUGUGUGAGCAGUCAAGUCAAAAUAAACUCCAACUGUUUAUGUUCAGAGUGGCUGGAGGUUCACUGUUUAUUUGGCAAGAAGUAGAUGCACAUUUCCUUUAACA